CUGCUAAGGAAAUUCUGAAAUCGGGGGGGGGGGGAAGGGGAGGGCUUGGAACCCAGAACUGAAGUCCGGUCCCGUCGUCACAUUGAAAGCGAAACUGGAAUCAUGUCGGACUCCAAGGUCGAGACGAUUUCAAGGAUGGCGCAGUGGAGGAUCGAGGGUUUCGGACCCUCGACUUACAAGCGAUCCGACCCGUUCAAAAUCGGCAUCUGGAACUGGCAUUUAUCAGUUGAGAAGAACCGGUACGUGUAUAUUCGGCUGUUCCCUGAACCUUCUCGGGCUUCGAAGGAACAGCCUCCUUCUGCAAAGUUUGUCCUCAAAGUCACAGCUCCGUCCACCAACCGCCGGCCCCUCAUCUCCCAAGUUUUUGAAAGAGUUCUUAGGUCAAGUGAUGAUUUUGUUUGGCCCAUUGAUUCCAACCUCCAAGGACACCUUAUCAUUGAUGUUGAGUUUCAUGACUUGAAGAUCUACCAAAAAAAUGGUGAAGGGACUUCCAUAUGGCCUAGUGACCACAUGAUGAAUUCUCUGGCUACCCAAACAACCCUCCGGUGUCUCUCUCGCAUGCUUUAUGAGUCCAUACAUGCUGAUGUAACCAUCAACACAGCCGAUGGGUCACUACAAGCUCACAAGGCAGUUCUCUCUGCCAGUUCUCCGGUGUUCCAUGGCAUGUUCCUCCAUAACCUAAAGGAAAAAGAGUCGUCAACCAUCAACAUUGAAGACAUGACAACCGAUUCGUGCAUGGCACUCCUGGGGUACUUAUAUGGGACGAUUAAGCAGGAGGAUUUCUGGAAACACCGAUUGGCACUGCUGGGAGCUGCAAACAAGUAUGACAUUGCAGACAUGAAAGAUGCUUGCGAGGAGAGUCUCUUGGAAGAUAUCAGUACCGAAAAUGUCCUUGACAGGUUGCAAGAGGCCUGGAUUUACCAGCUCUAUAAACUGAAGAAGGGAUGCUUGACUUAUCUGUUCGACUUCGGCAAGAUUUACGAUUUGAAGGAGGAAAUGGACAACUUCUUCAGGCAGGCUGACAGAGAAUUGAUGCGAGAAAUGUUUCAAGAAGUUCUCGAAGUCCGGAAGCCUGCAUAAGACAUUGCCUUUCUGUUAAUCUGUUAUCUGUUAUGUGUCAGUUGGUGAGAAAUGCUGGUGGUUUUGCCCUCUUCUGCUCAUGCAGUGCAUCAGCUUUUCCGUAAAGAAGCAUAGCGGCCGAGCACUAGCGUGGAGGCCCAGGAAGGAUGAUGAUUAGUCGAUGAAAUUCCAAAGUCGCAGACCAGGAAUGAGUGAAAACCACCUCAGGAUAUAUAAGAGACUUUGUGAUGAUCGCUCACUGAUUGACAAAAGCAAGUCUAAAGAUCACAUGCUUAUGUAAUAU